AUGGCAGCGGGGGGGGGGUAAAGGCGUCGCGGAGACCAUGGUGGGUGGUUGCUUUCUUUUUCGAAGCCGGCGAGGCUAAAGAGUGACGAAACUGGGGCAAACAACUGAAAAUGUCAUCCUAUUUGGCUCAGGAGGUUCACCUUGCUAGAAGACAUGAAGAGAUACUGUCUCAGAGAUCAGAGCUGCUACAGCAGAUGGAGACUUAUCUAGGAGACAAAAAGACUAAAAAGACAUGGCAAACUCAAGCAGCUGAUGCAGCUCAUAAAAGGAAUGCAGCACUUUUAAAUGAUAUAGAAGCAGCAGAAAAAAAGCUGCAAGAAAGAGUGUAUUUACUUCCACAUCCCGAUACUGUUAAGUUAGAAACUCUCUAUUGGGCAUCAGUAAAAGAAUCUCUUCCCAAGUGGGAACAGUUUCUUUUAGGAAGAGCAGAAGUUCCUAUUGGUUUUAAGAAAAUGAAAACUACAAAACAGAACAUAAACUACCCAGAAGAAGAACCACAAAAAUAAACACUGUAGUUUGAUUUUGUUUUGUAAUUUAUGGCUUAAGCAGACAAGAUCAUCCAGAUCAGGCAACAGAAUAUCAUGCCAUUAAAUUUCAAUGUAAAUGAACUAUAUUGGAUAAUUUGCUUCCAUUGUUGCAUUGCAUACAACUCUCUAUAUUAGAGAAGCAAUCCUCGAAGGGGCUUUUAGGAUCAAAAGUGAGAAACACCGGUGUAUAGAACCCCACAAAGGCAAUUGCUUUUUCAGUAUGAGAAGAGUUUUAGGUUAUUUUUAAUCCUCUGCAUCUACAUAUAAGUGUGAUAAGUAAAGACAGAUUCAUGCAUUAUCACUGCAGUCAUCUGUGCUGUAUGCCUCUGUGGAUGAGGGAGAAAGGAGGAAUUUACCAUGAAGAGGAAAGGCAGGUUGUUUGUAUCAGACAGGGUAGCCUUGGUUUAGCACCAGGAAUCAGUCUGAAAACCAUCAUGAGAGCAGUUGUAGAAGGAACACCUUGAAUUUCUGCAUCUUAUUUUCCUUGAGUUUUGUCAUUGCCACUUUCACUGCUUCUACACCUCACUCCAGUAACCACUGCUUCUUUUCCCAACCUCCUGCUGCCUACUUUAUAUUUCCUGUCGAAUGGGUGGGUAAAGACAAGAAAAAGUAAACAAAUCUCUAGGGUUUUUUGCUACUUCUAGGCUGCUCUUAAUGGUAUUUUCUUUCUGUUAACAUAAUCUACAAGUGAGAACUUUUGCUUAGGCAUGAAAAGUUUGAAAGAAGCAAACUGAAAGGUAGCUGGCAGUGGCUGUCUGAGAACCAAGCAUAUAUAGAAGUUGAGAUAAUGUUUUCAUUUUCAGCCAUUGAACAGCUCCUCAGCUUCCUCCUACAGAGGUGAAGUAUCAGUGAGUUUUGUUUGUAUAGUGGGCUAACUCGGUAUGAAAAUUUCACUGCUCUAGUGCAGUGCUUUUUGAAAUAUCAGUUCAGUGGAAGAUCCUUCCAGGUGUGUGACUUGCCCUGCAGAAAUUUAAUCCUUCCUAAGCAAAGGAAGCUUAGAAAAAAAAAAAAAAAAUUUUUUUUUUUUUUAAUUAAGAACCUGGACUUGAGUCAAUGUAUUGUUAAAAUUUAAUCUCAUAUGCAACAACAUACUUCCACCCCCGUCCUGAAAGUAGGAGAAGAAAAUUUUACCUCUGCCAGUGUUUGAGGAUACAAAAAUGUAACGAUUACAAAUUUUGCUAGGCUACUAGUGAACUGAUCUAUGCAUCUCUAUGCUACAUAGAGAUACGCUUAGUAUUAAAAAAAUUUAUAUCUCUAUGUAGCAUGAAGAAUCACUGACACAAACUCAAAACCUAAGCUGCGGUAUAAAAUUGUUGUAUGUUUUCAAUGGGAAUAUUAAGAGUUCAUUUUAAACUUUUUCUAUUGAAGGCUCCAUUAAACUGAUAAGUUUUUACAGAAACUGCCAUCUUAGAAAUAUCCUGUUGAGUGGGUGUUGGUGUUUGUAACAAUAACGUUGUUUUCAUAAUAUGUGAUGGCAGAUUAGCACGCUUCUCUGCAGUGUUGUUAACAGUUGUAAUUAAGGAAUAAACAGUAAAGGGUGUCAGUCCGAUGACAAUUUCAUCUAUAGUGUCACAAUACAAAAUGUCACAAAAUAUUAGAACUGUUAUAUAACUACAAAAAUAUCAAAUUAGGCUUUCAUUUUACAAGCAAAGAGCUUAAAAAAAAAAAAAAAAACCUGGCAUAGAGACCAUUGCAAUUUUAUACCUACUCAGUGUUCUGUCACAAAGACAACUUGGUAAUAUUUUCUUCUGUAAGAUCACAAUGUGGUUCUCAAUCUCAUUUAGCGGGAAUGUGUAUGGAUCUUAGAAUUGUAGAGCUCACAUUUAAAAAGCAAAUAAUUGGAACCAGUUGAGCAGACAAGAAGGGAAAAGCUAUUACACAUGAUGCCCAGAAUGAAGGGACGGGUGAGCAGUUAGUUGCUAACAAAGACUAGGAUUCAUCCUGGUCUUUGCAUCCAAAGGGAAAUCACUUAAACUAAAAUCUGGGCCCCUAAGUACUUUAUACGUGUGAAUAAUCUGGGUCUUUAUCUCUUUGGACUCCGCCUAAACACUGGAACACAAUGCAGAUGCUCACUAUCUCCUUGUCCCUUUUGAUUUCCCAUGGAAAGAAAGUGAAGUGUGUGGACUAUGAGGGCAUGGCAGCUGGAUGGGUGAGGAUUUUGUAGCAGUGCUGUGAAAGGCACCUGCACGCAGUGUUAGUGUACUUUUUGUGCUGCAGUUAACUGCUCAGAUACUGUGUUUGUGAUUAUUGUAUUGUUGUUACUGGGCAAAGAGAUUAAGAUUAAAAUGAAAUUAUCUUCUUUUCAAAGAAGGAAAUUACUUUUUUUUUUUUCCUGCAGCAUAACUUUAGAAGCAAUAGGACAACUAGUGCAUGGAAAACUAUACAGGAACAUGUCCAGAAAAGGAAAAAACGAAGAGAAACGUUUAAAGCAGGAAUGUGUAUAGGUGACUGCUCUCAGAGACAAGGGCCUUCAUGUUGGCCUGUGGUCUGAUAUGAAUAAAUGCACUUGCAUAUGAGACUGAAACAGCACAGCAGUAGGGGCAGGGAGGCACACAGCAGGGCUGUUAAGGUACAGGAGUGAGCGUUUCCUGAUUUGGCACAGACCUUGGGACAAGCAGUGGCAGGGAACAUAAUUAUAUGGCGUCUCCUAGCUUGCCACUUGCCUUUCUAUAGAUACAAAUUUGAGAAAACAAAUGUUAGUUAAAGUGUAGUGUGUUUAAAAGAAAAUUUUAAAAAUCUCCAAAACUGAUUAAUACAGAUACGGUUUAAUAUCAGCUUUAAAUGAGAUCUUGAAUGGGUAUUCUUCACCAAGUCAAGGCUGUUACUUCAAAUAUAUUGAUUCUAUGUAGUUAUACCCCAUCUUAUCCCAAGCUUUCAUAUAUAUAUAUAAAUAUAAAAUAUAUAUUUCAUAUAUAUUACAUUAUAUAUAUCUUAUGUAAUUUCCUACCCAUCUCGGGUAAUUCCCCCCCCCCCCCCAGAAGACAGCCCAUUAGUCUGCAUUCUUGACUUGCUCCUCACCCUUUUGUGCUAAAAUUUAUGUAUACAUAAACUGCAAUGGUCCUAAGAGCCUGUUGCUUCUUGUCCUUUUCUGGUGGGUGGGGGAAGGCAAUUGAGAGAAGAGCGGUAAGGAAAACCAAAGGUUUUGCCUGUUUGUAAGUUAAUCUUUGAGUAUCUUGCAAGACAUAAUUAAUUAAUCAUCCUUUUUUAGGUUUAUGCACAGAUGAGUAACCACAGUACUAACCCAGGAGCACAGCCUGUUCAUCCAUCUUGUCACCUCUACCAUCACAUUCCCGAGCUUUUUACUUUCUCAGUUAUUCUGGCUGUGGGGGCAGUAGCAGAAGGCAUGUUAGUUUUCCCUAGGAUAAGAAAUUUCUUACUCCGCAGAAUCUUUCUCGAGCCUAUUAAUUUCAUUUGAGAGUACAUACAAAAUAAUAAGAUGGUUUAGACACGUUAUUUGACACUUACUAUGGUAUCCUCUUGACUGUAUUUGUUCAGGGUCAUGUUUUCAAUAGAAGUUGGGAGCUAGAUUUUAGGCUGAGCAUACAGUUCUUCAUUUCUGUCUUUUUCAUUCACAUAGAGCAGGUCAGUGAUGUAGAUGCUCAGUUUGAGCUUGUUGGUACUGAAAAAUAAGAAAACCAAAUUUGAAAUGGAAUGUACUUUUAGAGGUUACGUCUGAAAGAAAACAUUAUUUACGCCAUAAUGGUAAUUUUCAUAAUAUUUUAAUAAUUGUGUUCAGAUACAACUUGACCUUAAAUAUCACCCCAAAUGCAAGCUGUUUUAACAUAUUUGUAAUGCUAAGGUCUUCAUUACUGUAAUAUUCUGUUUGCUCAAGGAUUAUAAUCCAUGAAUAGAAUAUGUUACAUUUGAAAUAAAGCUUUGAUCCUGUA